UUUUAUCCUUCUUCCAAAUUUCUCCUUUUGUCCAACCUUCUGUUUUUAGGUUUUUCUUCCUGAAUCAGAUUCCCUCUCCUCUUGUAAAAAUGUUCUCCUUUCCUGAUUCAUUUUGUGGUCUCCCUCCAUUUCUCUUGUGUUGUACCUGCAGUCUCAAUUUUUUCUUUUCCGAUAUUAACAAAUCUCUUAACUGUCUUGACAUCAGUAUUUGUGCUGGUGAAUGUCUCUCAUUGUGUUUUGGUGUGUUUGUAUCAGCCAGAAUUGCUAGGUGCUUAUCUGCCUUUGCGUUGCCUGACUUCUUCCACAUUUUCUUUUUAGUCUGUAUUUCCCGUUCCACCAGACUAUUGCUUUAGGGAUACCCCGGUGAAGUUGUCUUGUGGUUUAUUUCCUUGUGAAUCUCUUGUAUUCUUUGCUUGAAAAUUGUCACUAAGUAUCUGCUUUGGUAUGCCAGGCUGGGCAAAGAUUUCCUUGUUUUGUUUCCACUAUAGUUUCCAAUGUUGUGUCAAUCAACUCUUGUAUACUCACUAUAUCUCAAUGUAUAGUCUAUUAUCAUUAAAUUAUAAUAAAACAAAUAAAAACAAACAAAUAAAACAAAUCAGUUCCUAUUUUGGUCCAGGCUUUACUUAGUUUCUCAUGCCAUAUAAUUGGUUUGUGUCUUUCCUGGUUUUGAUAUCUCGCACGUUUCACAUUUUCCAAUACAGUCCUCUAUCUGCUUAUUUAUGUCCAGCCAAAACAGAACUUCGCUCUUCUUUUUGCUUUUUCUAUUCCCCAGUGUCCUUCAUGUAUGUUUUUCGAUACGUUAUUCCUUAAUUCUUUUGGUAUCAUUAUUCUGUCUCCUCAAUAUAUGAUGCCUUUUCACUGGUAUAUUUACUUAUGCUAUCUCUUUCGUUUGCUUCUCUAAUCUCUUUCUCCUGUCUUGUUGCUUUGCUAUUUCCCAUACCUAGAAUUCCAUUUCUUUUUCUAGUUGCUUGUCCUCUUUACUUGCCUUUUGACUGGUGGCUUGACUUAGUAUGUCUUCCACAUAUAGUAUUUUCCCAGGUUUGUACUGAAAUUCAAUGCUAUAUCUCUGUAGCCAUAUUCUCAUUCUUUGUCGUCUUGAUGGUGUUUCAUUGAGCCCUUUUCCCAGAAUGGCGUCUAAUCUUUUGUGAUCAUUUUGUAUAAUCAUUUUUUUCCCAAAUACAUAUUGCUUGAAUCUUUCGCAUCCAAACACCACAGCUAAACACUCCUCUAUCUGGGCAUAUUUUUUCUCGAUUUCCAAAAGAUAUGCAUAUGCAUAUGCUAUGAUUUUUCCUCCUUACAUUAAUACAAAGUCUGGGUCCCAUUACUGCGACAGUGUCACCGGUUGUGAGUCUCUGUUCGGAUACAGCGUUGCCAUUUCCGUGCGAUAUGAACGAAGAGCAGUUUGUUAACAUCGACCUGAACGACGACAAUGUUUGCUGCGUGUGUCAGACGGAGACCGAGACCGAGAUGCUCUCGUUCUGCCACCUCUGUUUUGAACUCAGCAUCGAAGGAAUAUCCCGCUCCACUCUCCUGCACACCCAGUCGCUGAAAGGCCACCGGGACUGCUUCGAGAAAUGUCACCUCAUCGCCAACCAGGACCUGCCUCGCCCCAAGGUGUCCAGGAGCACCUACAGGGACAUGAAGGACGUGCUGAGCCGGAGGAUCAAGAUCGUGCAGUACGCCCAGAAUCAGCGGGUGGAGGCUGACCUCGAGCAGGACAGCCCCCGAGUCUCGCUGAGGACAGGCUCCAGCCUGGACUCCAUCCCCUUCCAACACCUGCACCCGGGCCACACGCUGCUGGUGGGGUCGCAGCUGCCGCGCUACGCCCCCUGCUGGCCGGACAGCGGCCCCCGGGGACUCUCGGAGUGCGCUCGGGGUGUCCUUGAGGGCGAGGUGGGUUGCGCCUUCCGGCUGGGGAUACUGGGCACGUCCGGGGGCGGCUUUGGCCGGGGUCUGCGUCCGGUGGUCGCCAGAGGAGGAGGAGGAGGAAGAAGAGGAGGAAGAGGAGGGCGAGGAAGAGACGGAGAGCGGGCAGAGGAGGAGGAGGAGGAAUGGGAGGGGGUGCCUCGCUCGGAGGGAACAACCGCCAGGUCCCGGCAACAACGGCAUCGUCACAGGAGCCGAGAGGAACUGAACGCUUCCAGUGUUGAGGACUUGACACAGUUGAACGAUGAACUCUUGGGUCACAUCAAAGACGUCUUCGAGGAGUUGACACAGGAGUUGGAGGAGAAAGAUUCUCUGUCGUCCGAGCUACAGGUCCGUUACAUCGCCAUCGAACAGCUCUUCAAAAACCGCUCCAAGUUGCCAUGGCUCCGGGUCGGACGGGGAGGGGUGAAACCCAACGUACCCCUGAGCAACUAAAGCCCCCCCUCUUCCACCACCACCACCGUGUACCAAUUACUCGGCGACGGAAAGAUCCUGAGCCAAAAAAUUAUGGGACGGGCAGUGUGAGGGAUGUGAGAGAGGAGGGAAACAGACAAGAAUUGA